GGCUCUUAGUCUUCGCCAUAUUGGUCCCGCUCAAUGCGCUAACGAGUCAACGAGAAAGAAGAUAGGUCAUAUUUUGUUAGUGGAAGAAUUUAGCCGUUAUUUUAUUUCUCACCUAUUUCGUUCGCAUUUGUACUUUUACAUUAGUGCAAAAAUGGCUAACAAGUCAUCCAAUUUGAUUGUAAAUUAUCUGCCUCAAAAUAUGACGGACAGGGAACUUUACAGCAUGUUUGUUACUAUUGGUCCCGUAGUUAGCUGCAGGGUUAUGAAAGAUUUUAAGACGGGAUAUAGCUAUGGAUUUGGUUUUGUGAACUACAGCCGCCCAGACGAUGCUGAAAGAGCUAUUCAACAACUCAAUGGACAAGAAAUCUUCAACAAACGAAUCAAAGUAUCAUAUGCAAGACCUUCAGGUGAUGACAUUAAGGACACAAAUCUGUAUGUGACCAAUCUCCCACGGAACUUUACAGAACAAAACCUAGAAAUGCUUUUUGGACAAUUUGGAACUAUCGUUCAGAAGAACCUCCUUUUGGACAAAUUGACAGGAUUGCCACGAGGAGUAGCAUUUGUAAGAUUUGAUCGUAGAGAGGAAGCGCAAGAAGCGAUUCGAAACUUAGACGGAGUGGUACCAGAUGGUGGAAACGAACGGCUUAGUGUAAGAGUAGCGGAAGAACACGGCAAGCAGAAGGCUGCUUACUUUGCAGGAUGGCAAGCAGGAAUGCAACAAAGUCGAGCUUUUUAUAAUUAUUUAAUGGGACUUUGCGUUAUCAGUAGUGGAAAUUCUAGCGACAAGUCCGCGAAGAAAAAAGAUAAUUAAAUAAAGUUAAUAACAAUACACUAUAUUGUAUUUUUGAGCUACCAAAUGUAUAUAUGUUAAACAUUAAUACUAGGAUUUUUAUACCAUGUUUUGUACCUGACUUUAAUCCUAGUUUUGGUAGUUGUGAUUGUAAUAUUAGCCUACAUUAAGCAGAAUUUAUUUCAGUUUUUAACACCCCACAUUUUUGUAGCUUUUAUGCUAUUUCCUUCUUCUUUCUUUCUUUUCAUGCAUUAAUGAUAAUUGGUUAAGAAAGCAACUCUUUUCUUAAUUUCUUUCUGUUGGGACAGAUUUUAUUUCAGCUGUUCUGUUGAAUGCUUUUAUCUUUAAAAUUAUUGCAUUGCACGAGCCUUGCUUCUGUUCAACAAAAAAUAAUAUAAAUGAUCACAAUACUUUUGUAUAGUUUUCAAAUUCAUAUUUAAAUCACAAUGAUCACUUCUUUAACUCUAUACUAUAAAUAUGUUUCUGUAGUAUAAUUGUUCAAAGAGUCUAGCGGAAUGUUUCUAUCUCACUCGCAAGAUCAUAUAAAGAUGACUGAGAUCUGUUAAUGUCUGGUAAAGUGGAAAUGGUUUUAGCAUUGUAUAUAAUAUUAUCAUACAUUUUUAGUUAAAACAGAAUUAUUUACUUUUUACCAGUUGCAUAUUGUCAAUAUAGGGCUUCGUUAAAGUACAAAUGCCUUGUACUUUACGAAUAUAAUUUCUAGUACACAUUUAUGUGAAAUGGUUUUUAACAAAUCCCUUGAGAGAGUUUUAUGUAGCUCUCAGUCACUUAUUGUUUGUAUUAACCUGCACACGUGUGUGUGUAUAAGAGAAUGAACGGAACUUUCUCACACUUCCAACCAUUGAAAUAUUUCAAAUAUUGAAUGUUAAUUAGUUUAGGCUUUUCGAUACACAUUUUGUCAGAAAAGUUGAAGAUGAUCAAGUAAAAAUUGUAUUACACCUCUUAACAAGAAAUAUAAAAUUCUCUAUUAAAACCUUUUCUAGAUAAUAAACACAAUUUUAGUUUCAGUAGUAAUCAUUCAAAAUAUAUACUCACCAGGUAUGUUGGUGUGUUUUAGACAUAAAUUUGGUGUAAACUAUUGCUAUUUGAAAGUUUACCUUGGUUUUUCAUUUCACUACCAAACAGUAUAGUCGUUAAAUCUCAAAUUUUUGUGUCAAGAAACAUUGCUCUGCUUUUGCAAAUAGUUUCAUUAGGAAUUCUUUUUUCCACUUUGUGUUUAAUUUAGGCUUUUAAUUUGUAAUACCUUUGUUUUUAUUUUAAAGUUUAAUGUUGUUUUUUAUCAGUUCCUAAAUAUGAUUAGUAUUCUGAACUACGUAACUCUUUUAAACAUAGUUUUAUUACAGUUUAAUUAUAUUUUAGUUUGUCAUUCUUUUUCCUCUAUAAUUACUAACAGUAUUGUAUUGAAUAUGUUUAGUGACAGUAUGUGAUUAUAUAAGUAGAUACCUGUAAAUGUUCAUGUAUUGUAUAUGUAGAUUUACAUAAAUACCACAUGCUGAUGUUUUUGAUUCAAAUCAAGUUACAUAGUUUUCAUUACCCUUGGACUAAAAAUGCUUAGUUUUCAGUUUGAUCAUUUUUAUUGGUUUCCCUUAAAUCAUUUUCAAUGAGGUUCUUUCUAGUGAGUAUCUUUGAGACAUACUUCUCUUAUCAGAGCCUAUUUUUGUCAAAAAAUAAAAAAAAAUAUCUUUAAUUCUUGUUGAAAAAUGACACUCUCUAAGUGGAAAAAUAAAAUUUAGAACAAUUACACUACUAAGGUAAAAAUUUCUUAUCUAACCUGUUAAAACCAAAAGAAAUAAUAAACUAAACAAAUACUUUUUUUCUUUUUAUAUACAUGUUGCCAUUUAAAUAAUUCUUUACGUAUUGCUAUAUUGUAGCAUUAAAAUAUAUAUCUACGAAAAUUUGUCUUCUGAUAAAAUGCAAUAUUUUAAAAACAUUCUUUCCCUUAAUUUAAUGAAAUCUUCCAUUAAAAGUUGUAAAUGAGUAUCAUCUUAAAAUCAGUAAAAAUAUGCUGUUAUUUUUAUCUAAUGAUCUCCAUAUAAUAACAAUUAAAUAACAAUAUUUCUGUUACUACAGUAUGUUUGAGAACAUUGAAGUACAAAUAAAAUCCUGCUAUAAAACACUUAAUGAAUAAGAUAUAAAAUUAUUUAUAUGUAGUAUAAUGUACCUAUUUUAUCAGAAAGAAUCCACAAACCUUUGGCAGAUAAUCAGAUUAUAAGAUAAAUCCUAAUAUACAGGGGUACUGAAAAUUUUUAAACAGUCUAUUAUCUUCUGUAGGUACUUGUGAACUUACAAACAUAAAACCUUGUACCGUGACAUAUGGCAUAAAAUUGAACUUUUUGAUGCAAUUAGUAGCUAUUCACCACCUAAGGGAUUGGCCCGUAAGAAAAUCUUGUAUGUAAGGUAGGUGUUAGAUGUAAGGUAGAUGUACAUACAAUUUUAAAGGUUUUAAUUAGUAAAACAUGCCUCAAAUUAGACCUCAAAAGGUUAAUCCUAAACGAAAUGGCAGUACUCAAAACUUGCUUUUGUGCAAGUUCAAGAAUGGCUUAAUUUUAUUGUAGUCAUCAGAUGAAGCUACAAAACUUCACACAUGAUUACUUUAUCUUAAAGUAGGUAUUUGUGUGCUGUAAUCAUGAAAUAGGUGUUUGUGUGCAAUAAUUAUGUGAAGUUUUGUAGCUUCAUCUGAUAUAGUUACAAUAAAAUAAAACCAUUCUUAAACUUGCACAUAAGUAUUGAAACCUACCUAUUCUUACUGUUAAGAUUUUCCAUCGACUUCUUAAGUGCUAUUCCUUUGGUGAAGAGCUACUAAUAGCAUCAAAAAGUUAAAUAUUAUGCCCUAUGUUACUGUACAUAAUUUUGUUUGUAAGUUUAUGAGUACAGAUGAUUUACCAUUCAAGACUUCUGUAUAAUACAUGUUUAUAUUUUUAAAUAUACAUUGUGUGUUUGUGUGGAAGUAUGUACACAUACACACACACAAACAUAUUAAUAUACGCCCUUAUGUAUAAACAGGUAAACAAAAUUAAGUAGUUUUUACAUCCAAGUUUUCUAUAUUUUUUAAUCCAAGAAUCAGCAUGUGACCAUAGUUUUAUGUACAGUCAGGAGAGCUGAAAACUAUUGAAAUGGUGUAAAAAUUUUAAGUAGUUCAAAAAUUCAAAAUCUACACUUCAAUUUAGAGUCUUAACCCGAAUUUUUUAAUGGCAUUGGUGAUUCUUCAUAUCAGUAGAAUGUCCCUUGGCAGGAUAAUGGAUAUAUUUCAUGUUAUUAUAGGUUGUUAAUUUGUGUAUCAUUUUAUAAUUUAGGUCUUUAUGAAACGAUACCAAUAAUCUGAGAAUUCAAAUUUAACUUUAAAAUAUUGUGGCUGUAUAAAGAGAUGUUGGCUUUGGUUCACUUAAUCAUUUUCCUCAAUAUUGUUAAAACACAAAUGAGUUUAGAGUAAAAAUUACUAUUACAAGUUAAGGUUGGUGGUGCUCUAAAAUGGAUUUUUAGCAAACCCCACUGGCAACAUAACUAUUUUUAAACCUCUUAAUCUUAAAUUGGAUUUUUCCAGUCCCUUUUUGGAUAAAUCUUGUCUUUAAAAUUACAUGGCAUAUUUAUUAUUAAAAAUACAAAUUUAUUUUUUUACACAUCAUUGUUUGUGCCUUAUCCUGACCUUUAUAAUUAUAUGUAAAUUGACAUAUAAGUACAGUUAACAUUUUUCAUCAACUUCACCCCAAGGAGUUGUAAAAUCACCAAUGAAGGUUACCUUAGUUUCAAAAUUAUUAUGUAUAAGUUAAAUCUAACCAUUCCAAUACUUUUCAGCAAUUUUCUAAUACAUGUAUUUAUAGGUUGUUAUAUUUUAUAAAAAUAAUAUUGUUAAGUUCCUUUAAAUGUAAUAACAGUAUUGUGAAUUAAUACAUUUAAGACAUUUUAAUUUUAUUUGAGGGUCAAAAUUUGUAUUUUUAAAUGUUGUAUCUCUUGGUUUUAUCAUCCUUUUGAUGUGCAAAUAGUUUUGAAAGUCUUUUAAAAUGGAAUUUGUUGUGAUUAUUUCUAAAUAUUGUAUAAGACUGAUUUCUUUGUGAUAGUGGUGUGUGAAAUUAAUUAAUCUAAGGUUAAUAAAUAAGUAUUUGUUCUCA